GUUUCGGAGCAGGCGGGUUCGGGUGUCUCCCGGCUACAGCCCUCGCUGCUGCGGCUGCCGUUACGGGUCUCGGGAAGGGAAAAAAAGAUCCUCGCCAUGGGCAACGUCCUGGCCGCCAGCUCCCCGGCCCCCCCUCCGGCGGCACCGCCUGGGCCGGGCUCCGGCUUGGUCUCGGUGCCGCCCGGCUUCUCCAUGCCCCCCGUCGCUGGCCUGGUGCCCCCCACGCAAGACCGCCCCGCCGACGACAAGUGCGACCAGCUCCCCAACCCAGGAACAUUUGAGCAGUGCCACCGGAAGUGCAAAGAAUUGUUUCCCAUCCAAAUGGAGGGCGUGAAGCUGACGGUGAACAAAGGGCUCAGUAGUCACUUCCAGGUGAACCACACGGUGGCCCUCAGUACCGUCGGCGACUCCAAUUACCACUUUGGGGUGACCUACGUCGGGACGAAGCAGGUCAGCCCCACAGAGGCCUUUCCCGUCUUGGUGGGCGACAUGGACAACAGCGGCAGCCUCAAUGCACAGAUCAUCCACCAGCUCUCCAGCCGGAUCAGCUCCAAGUUGGCCUUUCAGACGCAACAGUCCAAGUUUGUGAACUGGCAAGCGGACUGUGAAUACCAGGGCACAGACUUCACGGCGGCCGUCACGCUAGGGAACCCUGACGUUUUGCUGGGAUCAGGGAUCCUGGUGGCGCAUUACCUGCAGAGCAUCACGCCGUGCUUGGCGCUGGGCGGGGAGCUGGUGUACCACCACCGCCCGGGAGAAGAAGGCACCUUGAUGUCUCUGGCCGGGAAGUACACGGCGCCCAACUGGAUCGGGACCCUGACGGUCGGGCAGACGGGGGCCCACGCCACCUACUACCACAAAGCCAGCGACCAGUUGCAAGUUGGGGUAGAAUUCGAAGCCAGCACUCGGAUGCAGGACACCAGCGUCACGUUCGGCUACCAGCUGGACCUUCCCAAAGCCAACCUUUUGUUCAGAGGUUCCGUGGACAGCAACUGGAUUGUGGGGGCCACUUUGGAGAAGAAGCUCCCCCCCUUGCCCUUGACGCUGGCCAUGGGCGCCUUCCUCAACCACCGCAAGAACAAGUUCCAGUGCGGGUUCGGCCUCACCAUCGGAUAGACACCGGGGGGUGGGGGGCUCCCGCGCCUCUGCCGGCCGCUCUCUCGUUCUCUCUCUCUCCGCGCCUCCUCCCCACCUGCAUCCUC